UGUAAUCGGCCAGAGGUGACCUGUGAAGAUGGUUCGCUACUCCCUAGACCCAGAAAACCCCACGAAAUCAUGCAAGUCAAGAGGCUCAAACCUUCGUGUUCACUUUAAGAACACCCAGGAAACUGCCCAGGCCAUCAAGGGUAUGCAUAUCCGCAAAGCCACCAAGUAUCUGAAGGAUGUCACUUUAAAGAAGCAGUGUGUGCCAUUCCGGCGGUAUAAUGGUGGAAUUGGUAGGUGCGCCCAGGCCAAACAGUGGGGCUGGACACAGGGACGGUGGCCAAAAAAGAGUGCUGAAUUUUUGCUGCACAUGCUUAAAAAUGCAGAGAGUAAUGCUGAACUUAAGGGUUUGGAUGUAGAUUCUCUGGUCAUUGAACACAUCCAGGUGAACAAGGCUCCUAAGAUGCGCAUACGAACCUACAGAGCUCACGGCUGGAUUAACCCAUACAUGAGCUCCAUCUGCCACAUCAAGAUGAUGCUCACUGAGGAGGAACAGAUUGUUCCAAAGCCAGAAGAGGAGGUUGCACAGAAGAAAAAGGUUUCCCAGAAGAAACUGAAGAAACAAAAGCUCAUGGCACGGGAAAAAAUUCAGCAUAAAUAAAUGCAGAUAAAGUAAAAAAAAAAAAAAAAAA